AUGUAUUUAGAUCAUUCAACAUUUCAGAGGCCAAUUGUUAUCAGACUUGAAAAAAUCGAGGAUGAAGAGCAUCGUCUCUUGUGUUUGCCAAACUUUCCAAAAAAUUUCAAAGAUCUUGUUGAACUUCGUUGUUGGUUUCAACAUAUAUUUGGAUGUGCUUUUAAAUAUCCUUAUGCUGGUCCUAGAUUUAAUCCAGAACUGAUCAAGUUAUUAUUUGAUGAUGACAAAACAAUUCCUCAUCAAUUUCUUAAUCAAUGA